UUCAAACUUGAGUCUUUCCCCACUUUCAAUUUUUGUCUUUCCCCACUUUCUGACCUCUUCCCUUUGGAGGGCUGUGUGGUCCAGGCCUCGGGGGAGAUGCUGUGGGAGGCUCGGUUCCAGGUCUGGCUGUUUCUGCAACUCCUAUGGGCAGCUGCAGUGGAGGCUCCAGAGCCGGGGGCAGAGGUCCCAGUGGUGUGGGCCCAGGAGGGGGCUCCUGCCCAGCUCCCCUGCAGCCCCACAAUCCCCCUCCAGGAUCUCAGCCUUCCGCGGACAAGACAAGUCACUUGGCAGCAUGUACCAGAGAGUGGCUCCGCGGCGCCCACCCCCCGGGGUCCCGGGCCCCGCCGCUACACAGUGCUGAGGCUGGCCCCCGGAGGCCUGCGCAUUGGCAAGCUGCCCCUGCAGCCCCGCGUGCAGCUGGAAGAAAUGGGCCUCCAGCGCGGGGACUUCUCGCUGUGGCUGCGCCCGGCCCGACGCGCCGACGCCGGCGAGUACCACGCCGCCGUGCGCUUCGGGAACCGCGCCCUUGCCUGCCGCCUCCGUCUGCGCGUGGGCCAGGCGGCGGUGACCGCCAGCCCCCCAGGGCCUCUGUGGACCUCCAGCUGGGUCGUCUUGAACUGCUCCUUCAGCCGCCCUGACCUCCCAGCCUCUGUGCACUGGUUCCGGGGCCCAGGCAGAGUCCCUGUUCAGGAGUCCCCACAUCACCACUUAGUUGGAAACUUCCUCUUCCUGCCCCAAGUCAGCUCCUUGGACUCUGGGACCUGGGGCUGCAGUCUCACCUACAGAGAUGGCUUCAAUGUCUCCACCACGUACAACCUGAAUGUUCUGGGCCUGGAGCCCCAAGCCCCUCUGACAGUGUACGCUGGAGCUGGUUCCAAGGUGGAGCUGCCCUGCCGCCUGCCUCCCGGUGUGGGGAUCCAGUCUUCUCUCACUGCCAUGUGGACCCCGCCCGGGGGAGGCCCUGAUCUCCUGGUGGCUGGAGACCGGGGCAACUUUACCCUUCGGCUGGAGGCUGUGGGUCAGGCCCAGGCCGGGACCUACACCUGCCGCGUCCACCUGCACGGGCGGCAGCUCAGUGCUGCUGUCACUUUGGCAGUCAUCACAGUCACUCCCAAGCCCUACGGAUCAUCCGGCAGCCUGAGAAAACCCUUCUGUGAGGUGACUCCGGCAUCCGGACAAGAGCGCUUUGUGUGGAGCCCCCUGGACAAGCAGUCUCAGAGGAGUUCCCCAGGACCCUGGCUGCUGACACCGGAUGCUAGACCCCUCUCUCAGCCCUGGCAGUGCCGUCUGUACCAGGGGCAGAGACUUCUCGGGACUGCGGUGUACCUCACCGAGCUGUCUCAUCCAGGUGCCCAGCGCUCCGGGAGAGCCCUGGGGGCAGCGAGAACAGCUCACCUCCCUCUCCUCAUCCUUGGUCUCCUCUUCCUGUUUCUGUUGGUGACUGGAGCCUUUAGCUUUCACCUUUGGAGAAGACGGUGGCGACCCAGAAGAUUCUCUGCCUUAGAGAAUGGGACUCACCCCUCUCAGGCUUCGAGCAAGACAGGGGAGCUGGAGCCAGAGCUGGAGCCAGAGCUGGAGCCAGAACCAGAUCCGGAGGUAGAACCGGAACCGGAACCUGAGCCGGAGUCUCAGCCACAGCUGCAGCCGGAGCAACCCUGA